AUGGGUGGUCCAUGGGAUGUAGUGGACGAUUGCAAGUUCUUCCAUGCUAUAGAUCGGGAACUGUACACCUUCCUCGUAAGGGACCUUUCAAGGGAUCCCUUAGAAUGUCUCAACAUUAUGGGACUCUGGAUGUGGUUUGAGCGUGGAGCUGUAGACGAUGUUGUUAGCAAGAUCUUUUCACUCUCACCGGAAGUUCUUGAUCGACUUGUUGAUGAGGCCGAGGCAUGCCUCAAAGUCCUCAGAACCUCGCUCCGGUUACGUCCCAAACCAGUGGAUAUUCCACUCACUUGCACCCUCCUAAGAUCACCUAUAUAUAUGCAGAUGUUCUGUGAGAAUCGGGAUACCAUUUCCCAGGAAGUGUAUAAACUGGCAAACCGCAUAUACCUUCCGGCGCUGAUUGAUCUCAAGCAGAGAGCCUGCAAUGGUGAAUUUGGAACAAGCUCUGGAGAGUCUCUUGCAUUUCAGAGAUUGUCUUGGUUGACUUCUGGCAAAGACCUGUCCUUCUGUCUUGAAAAUGAGAUGGGAGCAUUUUCAAGGACAAUGUUUGCAAUAUUUGCUGAGGGCUCCCCCGUGGCUGAGCCUGAAAUCUGUGGGUUCUUCACUUUAUUGUUUGGGAACUGCAUUGAGUCUCUGCACAUGAAUGAUCCAGGGCCUGGACGCGAACCUGUGUAUGCUCGGAUAUGCUUCUACAGCUCAUCAUAUGUCCACAGAAUUCUUAAGUGGGAGAUUGUGGCAAAGUUGGUGAUCAAUGGUAAGAGUGUCUGGAUGAGGCCGUAUGUAUCGCGGAUUGGAUGGAAGCUGAAGCUCUGUGCUCCCUCAAGUACCAACAUGCUCACCCGGAAGUAG